AUGCUUGCAACGGCACGGCAUGUCUCCGCCGAACGGGAGGAAAUGAUUGGUAAUACCGUCGGGUACAAGCUGGGCACCAAUUCCCGUAUGAGCGAUUGCACAAACGUCGUGUUCUGUACCGUAGAAGCGAUGCUGCUCUCGUUUUUGUCCAACACGAAUACUCAGUCGUUCGCGGAGCUAACUCACCUGAUUAUCGGCAACGUACACCGGCGCACGGUAACAACUGAUUUGCUACUCUCGUUGCUCAAGGAAAAACAACGCUUCCAUCCGACACUGAAGCUGAUCCUACUCGCCGAGAACAAGGACGAUGUGGAGGGGUUUUUCAACCUUUCCGAUCAGAUCGUCGUUCCAAAAGUGAUACCAUCCAAUGGAGAGCCGAGCAUCGUGGUACAUGUUUUUCUCGAUCAAAUUCUUAUCAAUAUCUCUACGCGCGCCGAGAUUUUGGAAAUGAAACGUAGGAUGCUUUCCGAACAUCCGUUGAUUGUGACCGCAGAUCUGCAGAAGCAACAUGGACAGAGCAACCGAAGUUACUAUCUGACCGGUCCUUUGAAUGCGUUGCUGGAAGAUUGCUUUUAUGCGGUAAGUCCACAGAAAUUCAGUGCGGUUCUGGAGAUUUUUGAGGAUCAUAAACACCUGGUGGACUAUCAACAUAGCGAGAUCAAACUGACGGCACUCAUGAUCGCAGUUGCUAAAGGAUUUACCGGCGUAGUUCAAACGUUGCUUAAGUAUGGUGCCAAUCCUUUCCUAACGGGUAAAUUGGGCAUAACGGCAUUGGAUUGGUGCAAAAAGACGGAUCAGAGCUCUCAGCUCAUGCUUGAAUACUCGGAUAGCAUCAUGCGAAGUCCUUGGAUCUCAAUUUGCCAGCUGUAUCACCGAAUCCACGAUCCGUACGCAGUAGAUCACAUGCUUGUGCUGGAAAUAGUGUUGUACAUCACGACCCAGCGAGAGACUGGCAGAAUCCUCGUUACGCUGCCGAAUUACACCGAUGUCCUGAUGUGCUAUGAACUGCUUCGGGAGAGUGCCAGCGCUAAGGCAAAACGGAUGGACUUUAUGGUGUACCACCGAUUCCUCACUGAAGAAGAGGUUAAUUUCACGCACCAACAUUCUUCCUCCACCCGUUUCGUUGUCAUCCUGCUGGAAGUACCAUUAAUCGAGAUGUUACCAGCUUUUGACAACAUUGAUUACGUAAUUGAUACGGGCCUGCGGUCGGAAAGGGUGUACACGACCAAAGAGGCGUACCUGGACAGAACGUGCUACAACAACCAACGCACGGCUAGCUUUCUGGGGUCUCUAGCAAAGAAUGGUUGUUUCUUUCUGUACACACGCGCUCAGUUCGACGCUAUGCCAGCGAACGAUAUGCCCAACCGCAACGGUGCGGGUCAACCGUUGCAGAUACUCCAAGUUUUAAUCGCUCGCCAAGCGUCGGGUACUCCGAUCGAGACAUUUUUCGAUUCUGCCCUUACAUCUCCACCGUGUACGAACGUGAACCGAUCGGUCGAGCUAUUGGUGACGAUCGGAGCCAUCGAACGUCCCCUCCGGCAGCCGACCAAUCUGGGGACACUGUUGACUCAGCUCCAAAUCGAGCCACAUCUCGGCAAAGCUCUGCUCUACUCGAUGUUGUUUAAAUGUCUCGAUCCCAUGGUGACGAUCGUGGCCGCCUUGCGUGUUGGUGAACCGUAUCUCGACCCGACGGACGAAGAAUGCAUGGUGGACAUGGUCAAAAAGAAGCAAUCUCUCAGCCAACGAUCAUUGAGCGACUGUUUGGUACUGCUGCGGCUGUACCAACAGUGGAGCAUCGUUAAGAUGAAGCAACAGGAUCAGGAGAUGGUGACCAAGUACCGACUGAAGACGGGUGCGAUGGAUGCCAUCGUGAACUUACGCGUCGAGCUGAUGGCUGUCCUGCGCUCACUGGAACUUGUGAAGUGUGGCCGAAUGCACAACACCGACGCACUGAGCGCACACGCUGACUGCUGGGUCCGGGUAAAGGCUUGCCUAACGGCCGCGUUCUAUCCGAAAUUGGCCAUGGUCGAUUUCGGCAAGCGAUCGCUUCGGGAUCAUUGUGAAGCGGCCGGUGUACCGCUACGACCUCAUCCCUCGUCGGUGGUCAGCUUGGAUGAUCUACCUACGAAGUGGAUCAUCUACGAUCACAAGGAAGACUUCAUGCUGGCCAUACAAGAUCAAUAUCGUAGUACUAACUAUGAUUCGGCGAUGUACACUGUCGGAAACACCGCCAUCACCGACUUGAUGGUUAUGCUGCUGUGCGACAUCGAUGAACACCGAACGGCGGGUGACGGUUCGGAAGCUCUGGCCGAAUAUGUUCAGUCGCCGACGGACGGUUCAAUGCAGGGCGACGGUUUUCGAGAACUGCUAAUCGGUAGAAAAUACAUAUUCCAGCUGACAAACGAAUGCUACCAUGCGAUCGUGUGGUUACGGUGCCAGAUCGCUCGUUUGUUUCGCGACUUCGUGCUAAACCCGGUGGGCACACUUGAGCACUCGGACGUUAAGCGAGUCCUUGAACACGUGGUAAACAUUCUAAAGGAGGAGGAAAAAUGCCUAUGCUUUACGCAGCCGGGUGGCAUUGGAAUAAAACCGAAGAUUAGAUCCCGUUGCCCGAUGGGCGAGUUCUGGAACCAGCGGUUCAAUCGGACCGCCUCUCCACGACACCAUUGA